AUGACCCCAAGGACGGUGACCUCCAACGAGGUCUACCUCCUGAACUUGAACGACGAUGGAUCACCCGCCGUUCCUCGGCAAUACGUCUACAUAGAACCCAAGAAAUUAGAGGGUCUCGUUCUCCGCUUCUCCAUCGAAGGUACCUCGCCGAUUUGUCGCCAUGGGAGUUUGUGGAUCAACAUUCCCGCCAAAGAUGAGCCCUUCAGGAGAGAAGAGUAUAGGGAGUUCAAGUUGGAGCCCGACUUCAGCCGGGCAAUCGAGCUGUCUAUCCCUAUCUAUCAGGCUGGCGCCUAUGCCUACUACAUCACCUAUGCCGAACUGCCCUCCAUCCACGAAUCGGUCGAGUCCAACGAACCUUGUCCCGAUGGAGAGAUCAGGAAAUCCGACCUGUAUUACAUCGUCAUCGCCCCGCAACUGACCUUGGACGGUCAACGAAUCCCUCUUGAAGCCCUUUCCGUAUUUACCGUACUCAGCAAGUCGAUGGGGAAGUAUCCCCAUGACUGGGAACCCCAUAUGCGUUCCAUUAGCGAACGAGGAUACAACAUGGUCCAUUUUCCACCUCUCCAGACCCGCGGCAUGUCUAAUUCGCCCUACAGUCUGAAGGACCAGCUAGGAUGGGACAAGGGCGCUUUCCCAAACGGCGAGAAGGAUGCCGUGGCCAUGAUUGAGAGCCUAGAGAAGGACUAUUCUAUGCUCGCCCUCACAGACAUUGUAUUAAACCACACUUCGCCAUGUACAGAGUGGUUACGAGAGCAUCCCGAGGCAGGCUACAACCUCAGGACUGCCCCCUGGCUCAUCUCUGCCAAUGAGGUCGAUCUCAAGAUCAAGGAGCUGAGCGGCACUCUCAAGGACAUUGGCGUGCCGAACGAUAUCCAAAGCGAGGACGAUCUCAUGAAGGUCAUGGGUGCCAUCAAAAACGAAGGCAUUGCAUCCAUCAAGAUGUGGGAGUAUUACGCCAUGGACGUAGACCGAGAUGCGACAGCUGCCGUGGAAUCCUGGGUAAAUGGCGAAUAUUCCUUCCCUCCGGACGAGGAAAUAAAGGGCGAUAUCGAAAACUUGAAGCACUUUCCCUUAAAAGAGCAAGCAGAGCUACUUUUAAAGUACGGUCUCCGGGGAAGCGAGCAUCUUGGCGAGAGAUUCCGCCGAAGCAUAGACCCAAAAUACGGUGCCGGCCUCCUCGCAGCCAUCUUCGGCAAACACAACGAGGGACAUGGACCGGAGCGCAUAGUGGCUAGAGACAGGCUCUUACCUGUCCUGGACGAGGCGAAUAUGAAGUUUUACCGGGAGUACGACCAGGACGUGAGUGAUAUGCUGCACCACCUUUAUAACCGCAUCAAGUGGGAUCGCCUGGAGCAAUACGGCCCUCGCCUUGGCCCCAUUACUGCCGAGAGCCCUAUUUCCGAGUCGUAUUUUACACGCCUGCCCGAGGAUGAGAAGACGAAGGCGAGGGGAUUCACGGAAGCCGACCUUACCCUGGUCAACAACGGGUGGCUUUGGGACGCGAAUGCCCUGGUGGACAAUGCUGGUUCCGCCUCUCGCGCAUACCUGAAGAGAGAAGUCUUUUCUUGGGGAGAUUGCGUAAAACUACGCUAUGGGAAGCGUCGAGAGGACAACCCUUGGCUCUGGGACCAUAUGGCUACGUAUGCCAAAACGUUGGCCAAGUAUUUCCACGGCUUCCGAAUCGACAAUUGCCACUCGACAGGAAUCACGAUUGCCGAAUACAUGCUGGAUCAGGCGCGGUCGGUGCGCCCUAACCUCUAUGUCGUUGCCGAGCUAUUUACCGGUUCCGAGGAAAUGGAUUACCUCUUCGUGCGCAGAUUGGGCCUCGACUGUCUGAUUCGUGAGGCGAUGCAGUGUUGGGGAACUGGCGAAUUGAGUCGACUCGUUCACCGCUACGCUGGCAGGCCGAUAGGGAGCUUCGAGCCGGAUGACGCUGUGACGGCUCUUAACAAGCCUCUGCCCAACGGGCUCAACGGGGAGAAGACGGCGGCUACGGAUGAGGAUUCGGACGGAUCUUCAAGGGAAGUCGUCAGAGUUGUAAAGGAGACCAUUGUCGCGGCGCUCUUCAACGACUGCACUCACGAUAACGAGGUGCCAGCUCAGAAGAGAGACGCACGAGACACUUUGCCCAAUGCUGCUCUCGUCGGCAUGUGCGCGUGCGCCACGGGUAGCGUGAUGGGCUAUGACGAGAUUUAUCCUCGUAGGAUCGAUCUCGUCGGGGAGAAGCGCCUGUACAAGCCUGUCAAGCUUGGAAAGGAUGAUGGCAUUGGCCGGGUCAAGAAAAUUAUCAACCAAAUUCAUACCGUCAUGGGUAAGGACGGUUACCAUGAGGCACACAUCCACCACGAAGAUCAGUACGUUACUGUUCACAGAGUACAGCCCGACUCACGCAAGGGAUACUUCCUCAUCGCACACACUGCCUUCCCUGGUUACGGAAACGGUAACGGAGCCGUCAGCCCUGUGAAUUUGCCCGGAACACGGGCCCGACACCUGGGCAGCUGGAUGCUUGAAGUUGAUAGCAGUGAGGAGGCCGUCGAGAAGUUUUACGAGGAUGAAAAAUACCUCUGCGGACUGCCAAGCCGCGUGGUUGAUGUGCCUGGUAUUAAGAUGGAGGUCAAGGGAGACAGCACCAUAAUCACCGUCCGUGACAAGUUCCCGCCUGGCAGCAUCGCCCUCUUCGAGACGUGGGUUCCCGCUGCUGAGCACACUGCCGGACUGGAUUCGUUUGUGACGAACGGAGCCAAGGAGGCCUUUUGCGAGCUAGAUCUCAUCGACCUCAAUUUUGUGCUGUACCGAUCCGAGGCUGAGGAGUUGGACGUCAGCGAUGGAGCAGACGGAGUUUAUGAGAUUCCCCGCCAUGGCAAGCUCGUCUACGCCGGCCUCCAGGGGUGGUGGGGUGUACUACGGAAUGUCAUCCUCAAUAACAACCUCGCACACCCACUCUGCGAAAACCUGCGAAACGGGCACUGGGCCAUGGACUAUAUUGUCGGUAGGCUUGAAAAGAUGAGUAAGAAGCCGGGCCAUGAGAACCUUGCUGGCCCUGCAACCUGGCUCAGAGAGCGAUUCGAUGCAAUCAGGCCUAUCCCUGGCUUCUUGAUUCCUCGGUACUUUGGCUUGAUUGUCAAAACUGCCUAUGACGCCGCGCGGGAUCGGGCAUUCACUUUGAUGGGACCUACCAUCGACGAUGGUCAGUGGUUCUUGCGUAGCUUGGCUCUUGUGAGCGUGCAGCAGACUGGCUGGACCAAGUCGGCUUCUCUCUAUCCGGACAGACUCACACCCUCUCUUGCAGCGGGUCUACCUCACUUCGCGGUAGACUGGGCUCGAUGUUGGGGCCGAGACGUCUUUAUUUCCCUCCGCGGCCUGUUCCUCGGCACUGGCCGAUUCGACGAGGCCCGCGAGCAUAUUUACGCUUUUGCAAGCGUCCUCAAGCAUGGCAUGAUCCCCAACUUAUUAGGGAGCGGGAAGAACCCCCGAUACAAUGCAAGAGACGCAGUGUGGUUUUUCUUGCAAUGCGUUCAGGACUAUACCAAAAUUGCUCCUAAUGGUCUAGAGCUGCUGCAGGACAAGGUGAAGCGGCGCUUCCUGCCAUAUGAUGACACUUGGUUCCCUUACGAUGAUAAGCAAGCUUACUCGAAGGAGUCCACGAUUGAGGAUAUAAUCCAAGAGGCGCUUCAGAGGCACGCGGAAGGCAUUAGUUUCCGCGAACACAAUGCCGGCCCCCAGUUAGACAUGCAGAUGAGCGACAAGGGAUUUGACAUAGACAUCAAGGUCGAUUGGGAGAACGGGUUCAUCUUUGGCGGCAGCCAAUAUAAUUGCGGCACUUGGAUGGAUAAGAUGGGCGAAAGCGAGAGGGCCAAGUCCAAGGGUGUCCCCGGAACGCCCCGAGACGGCGCGGCCGUAGAAAUCACGGGUUUGCUUUACAGCACGUUGGUCUGGGUGGCCCGCCUCCAUUCCGAGGGCAAAUAUAAGUACUCGGGUGUGAAUAAGGCAGACGGGUCCGAGAUCUCUUACCACGACUGGGCGGACUUGAUCAAAACCAACUUCGAACGGUGUUUCUUCGUGCCCAAGACAGCCAAGGAGGAUGAAGACUUCGACAUCGACAGCAAGAUCAUCAACCGGCGCGGAAUUUACAAGGACCUCUACCGCUCGGGCAAACCCUACGAGGACUACCAGCUCCGACCCAACUUCCCCAUCGCCAUGACCGUGGCACCCGAGCUCUUUACGCCCUCUCGCGCCCUCCACGCUCUCAGCGUGGCCGACCUCGUGCUCCGCGGCCCGACGGGCAUGGCGACGCUCGACCCCAAGGACCUCAACUACAGACCGUACUACAACAACAGCGAGGACAGCGACGACUUCGCCACUUCCAAGGGCCGCAACUACCACCAGGGCCCCGAGUGGCUGUGGCCCACGGGCUUCUUCCUGCGGGCGCUGCUCAAGUUCGACCUCCAGAGGAGGCAGGACGAGGACGAGGAGUGCAGGACCGAGGCGUUUCAGCAGGUUACCAGGAGAUUGCAUGGGUGUAAGAAGAUGAUUCGGGAGAAUCCGUGGGCGGGGUUGGCGGAGCUGACGCAGAAGAAUGGGGAAGAGUGUCGUGAUUCGUGUCCUACGCAGGCGUGGUCUGCUUCGUGUCUUAUUGAUCUUUUUAUGGAUGCCGCGGAGGCGCAGGAGAAGUUGGCGAGGGGAGAAUCCAUCUUUCCUUGA